AUGGACAUAUUCUACAAGCCUGUAGGAAGAGAUAGAAGGUUCUUUGUCAAGAUCAAGAAUCUACAUCGUUUCCGUGUUGAUAUGUUCUUAAGCGUCAUUGAUAGGCAGCUUCUGGAGCUUAAUGAAAGGUUUGAUGAGGUAAACACAGAGUUGCUUAUUUGCAUGGCUUCAUUCAAUCCUAUUAAUUCAUUUGCUGCUUUUGACAAAGACAAAUUGGUUAAGCUUGCUGGAUUUUAUCCCAAUGAUUUCUCAGUCUUAGAGUUGAGACAUCUGCCCUCUUCACUUACUUUGUACAUCAAUGAUAUGCUUGCUGAUGAAAGGUUCAAAAAUGUGAGAACUCUUGCUGAGCUUUCUGUUAAGCUUGUUGAAACAAGCAAGUGUGAAAGACAUGAAGUUGUUUACAAGCUUCUCAAAUUGGUGCUAGUGCUUCCAGUAGCAACUGCAAGUGUUGAGAGAGUCUUUUCUGUCAUGAAUUAUGUGAAGAACAAAUUGAGAAAUAAAAUUGGAGAUCAAUACUUGAAUGAUUGCUUGGUUACAUUUAUUGAGCGGGAGUUCUUUCUACGAGUUAAAGACAAAGACAUUAUCAACCGCUUCCAAGCUAUGAAGGAUCGCAAAGUUAAAGGACGUUUAUAG